CGACUUUGUUCUUGCACUCUCACGGUUCUCUUCCUUACGUAAGAAAUUAGGGCUUGAGAGCCAAAAAAAAAACCUAUUUUCAAGCGUUUUUAGAUUCGAUCUUAUCUGAAUUCACAGUUAUCACUAUUAUCGUCGUCCAAGGAUCGAAAGAUGGUGAGAGGAUUGCUCAACAAGCUCGCCUCUAAGUCUCUCUCCGUUGCCGGAAAAUGGCAGCAACAGCAGCUCCGCCGCCUCAACAUCCAUGAAUAUCAGGGAGCUGAGUUGAUGGGCAAAUAUGGGAUCAAUGUGCCUAGAGGUGUAGCAGUUACUUCUGUUGAAGAAGUCAAGAAGGCAAUAAAGGAUGUUUUCCCCAAGGAAAAUGAGUUGGUGGUUAAAAGCCAAAUUCUUGCUGGUGGACGGGGCUUGGGAACAUUCAAAAGUGGUCUGAAGGGUGGAGUUCACAUUGUUAAGGCUGACCAAGUUGAAGAGAUAGCUGGGAAGAUGCUUGGACAGAUACUUGUUACUAAACAGACUGGGCCUCAAGGAAAGAUCGUCAGCAAGGUUUAUUUGUGUGAAAAGUUAUCACUUGUCAAUGAGAUGUACUUUGCUAUUACUCUUGAUCGUACCACUUCUGGUCCUGUUGUUCCUUUUUGGGGCAAUUGCUUGAAGUAUAUCUUACCCCUAAAGUUUUGUGUUCAGAUGACCAAUAUUUCAAUCAUCUUCUUCUUUUUUCUACCUCUUCAAUUGAACUUCUUGUUCAAGCACUGCAAGUUUGUACUUUGUCUUCUAUCACCCAUUGCCAAAUACAACGCAGAGGAGGACAGUAAAACAAUGUCCGACUCCGACCCCGACUACGACUACGACUACGACGACUCCGACUCCGACCCCGACUACGACUACGACUACGACGACUCCGACUCCGACUCCGACUCCAUUGUGAAUAUACGUAUCUGCAUACCAUCGAAGAACAAAGCAAUAUCGUUACAGCCACAAAGUUUUACAACAAUUAAGUUUCUCAAGUUGUUGAUAUCCAAGGCGGGUAUUCCACCAAGCUCUCAGGUUCUCCUCUACAAUGGCGUAGAGCUUGACGAUCACAUGUGCCUGAGGAGAUUCAAUACUGAAGGCGGUGCCGCCAUUCUUCACUUGCUUGUUCAUCCACCGGGCGAUUUUCUGCCACCACAUGAUAUUGGUAUUAGCAUUGUUGCGAUGCUUCCGCAACAUAGAUGUUUGCCGAUCGAGGUGAGACCAUGGUAUACGGUUAAAGACGUCAAGGCUGUGAUCGAGAGUGGUACUGGAAAGCCAUUAGAGCAAGCCAAGCUCAAAUUUCAGGGAAGGAUUCUCAAAGAUUCAAUCACCAUGGGGGACUGUGAUUUUAACAUGGAUAGGAUUCUACAUGUGGUUAGUAUGCCACCGCCACCGCCACUGCCACUGCCACCUUUCUCAGGGAGAGAUUAUUCUUCCAUUGACACAAACUACGGCGAGGAGUUCAUUAUUACUGUGCGCGAACGUGAAUUUUUAUGGCAAAUACCGUUCCAAGUGACAACAUCAAACACUGUGUACGAGAUUAAGAAGAAGAUGGGGUUGAAAGCAAUUCGGCAGACUCUCUUUCUACGCAGAAAACCGCUUCGCGAUGAGGAUACCCUAGGACUCCAUGGCAUACAGGAGAAUUCUGUGCUCUGGUUAUGGGGUCGGUCUUUGGAACUGCAAAUCAAGAUGGUGCAGUGUGGAACGAUAAUUUCGAUUACCCUUUACAGUACAGAAACCAUUUAUGAUCUCAAAAGCUUGAUUUUUGAGAACACUGGGAUUCCAUUGAUCAGCCAAACCCUUGUUCAUGAAGGUCUGUCACUAAUGGAUUCUCUAACCCUAGAAGAUUAUAAUAUCCAGAGUAAUUCUAGGGUUUUUGCUAUCAGUGGAUUGGAUUGUGAAGAUGAAGAAGAAAUUGACUUGCACAUCACAACAAAUUUUACAGAUCCAUUUGUUAUCCGGGUGAAACCUUGGUAUAAAAUAUUGGAUGUCAAGGCUGUAAUUGAGAGCAGAACUCCUGAAAUUCCUAUUAGUAGCCAGAAGCUCUACUAUAACCAUGAAAGGCUAAAAGACUGGAAGACAGUGGCAGAUUAUAACAUCACCGAUAAGUCCUUGAUUUUCGUGGAGAUGACUCCUCUACCUGUGCACAUAUUUAUAAACACGUGCCAUAGAAGUAGCGGGAAUAACACCAUUGAGAUUGAAGCUAUGAAUUUCACAACAGUGAAUGAACUUGUGGAUCGUAUUCCGGACCAGGAGAUUGAAAACAUUAAGUGGCACCCAUGUUUGUUUCUUGAUGAUGUUAUGCUACAAGGUAGAAAAAAGCUUGUUGAAUACGGGAUUGUUUCGGGGUCAGUUCUUAGUUUGGAUCGUUUGAUUCAAAUAAACAUGAUGGAUUCAAGUGGUAAAUGCAGUCAGGUGAAUUUGAAACCUUCUUACUCUGUUCAUGCUGUGAAGAUGAAGAUACAAAAAAGCUAUGGAAUCCCUCAUGACUUUCAGGUGCUGAAAUACAAUAAAGAUGAGAUCGAUGAUCGCUGGAGUUUGGAAGACAUCGAGGUUGUUUUGAGGAUCAGAUUAGUGGAUCUAAGGUGGAAUUGUUUUGGAAGAUCUAGUUCCUUUUUUUGGCCUUCUUAUGUGGAUGAUGCUCACGUAUUCUGAAGUUGAGAUCGAUGAUUGUUGGAAUUUGGAAGAAAUUGAGGCUGUUUUGAGGUGGAAGUCAGUCAUGAAAACUUUCUACUAUUCAUAUUGAAGGUGGGAAUUCUCUAAAAUUAUCGUAGGCUUUUUGGUGAUUGAGUAGCCAUAGUAGUCGUUAUAGUACUACUAGCCAUAGUAAUAGUCAUAGUACAAGUUAUAGUUUGUAAUCACUUAAGUUUCUCUUUUACCUUUAACUCAUUAGCUGAAAUAGCACC